AUGGUUGAUUGUAAACCAAAGAGCACACCACUUGAAGCUAAGAUGAAGAUGACGUCCAAUACCACUCCCCUUGAUGAUCCAAGUUACUUUCGUGGGCUUGUUGGAUCUUUACAAUAUCUCACUCUUACUCACCCUAAUAUUUCAUAUAGUGUUAAUUUUGUGUCCCAAUUUAUGAACUCUCCUACCAUUGUGCAUUUACAAAUGGCUCAUCGUAUAUUACGAUAUGUCAAGGGAACUAUUGAUGUAGGUCUCCACUUUACUUCACAUACCACACUUGAUCUUUUUGCUUUUUCUGAUGCAGAUUGGGCAAGUUGUCCCACCACUCGACGCUCCACCACCGGUUAUUGUAUCUAUCUUGGAGGAAAUGUCAUCUCAUGGUGUGCUAAGAAACAACCCACAGUUUCUCGCUCCAGCACGGAAGCUGAAUAUAGGGCCAUGGCAAACACUGCCGCUGAACUCACAUAG